CCUUUUGUCUUUUACAUCUCUCUCUGUACGAGAACUAUGAGUCAGUAGUUCAGAACCCUCUUUCUCUCUGUUUCACCUUUCAGCAGUGAUUAAUCACAGUGAGAAUUCAGACUGAGCUGAGAUAUGGGUCGACUCGCCACAUUAUCAGAAGAACCCAUCAACGAGCAAGAUGAUGAUGGAAGAAGGAAAGCAUAUUGGCGCAAAUGGAACUGGGUGAUGUUCAAAACUCACUUCAGCUUCCACAACAAGAAGCCUGACCUCAAAAUCCUCCUCAGUGUUCUUGCUUCCCCUCUCUUCCCUGUUCCUCCCAAACCCAAACCACCCAUCAAUCAGGUGUCAGGAUCAGCUCAGUAUAUCAUCCAGCACUUCACGGCAGCAACAGGGUGCCGGAAGUUGGAGGGGAAGGUGAAGAACGUGUUCUCCACAGGGAAGGUGGCGAUGGGGGUGGUGGAUGAGGUUGGAGGAGUCUCUGAAAAAGGGUGCUUUGUCAUGUGGCAAAUGGUCCCAGAUAAGUGGCAGAUUGAGCUGGUUGUGGCCGGCCACAAGGUUGUUGCUGGUUGCGACGGAACCGUCGCGUGGCGCCACACCCCUUGGCUCGGACCUCAUGCCGCCAAAGGUGGUGGCGUGCGCCCUCUUCGUCGCGCUAUUCAGGGACUAGACCCUUUGGCAGUGUCUGCUGUAUUCGAUGCUGCACAAUACAUGGGAGAAAAACAAAUCUCAGGCAUGGAUUGUUUUGUGUUGAAGUUAUCAGCUGAUCAAACGGACUUAGUUGACCGCAGUGAUAACACUGCAGAGAUGAUCAAGCAUGUUACAUUUGGUUACUUCAGCCAGAGAAAUGGAUUACUGGUUUAUUUAGAAGACUCUUACUUGACAAGGAUUCAAUCACCUGGUACACACCCCACAUACUGGGAAACCACAAUGUCAACAACAAUUGAGGAUUAUAAGCAUGUGGAUGAUGUGAUGAUUGCACAUUCUGGCCAAUCAACAGUCAUCAUCACAAGGUUUGGGGAAAUUUUAAAGGCAGGCCCUUCCAUCACACGGUUGGAAGAAUCAUGGACCAUUGAUGAUGUUGCAUUCAAUGUUCCAGGCUUAUCCAUGGACUGCUUCAUACCACCCAAGGAACUCCAGAAAGAUUAUCCACAAGAAGAUCUAGAUUGGAGGUCACCCUUACAUAGAUGAUAUUUUCGGUCUUUGAUGAGGGAUGUCAAACUGUUUGAGAAACUGUAGUUGUCCUCCCCGACAAAUGACAUUUUUAGGGUUUGAAAUUGUGUUAUUAUCUUGUGCGAAGUCUAGCUUUCUUACCACUAGACCAACACCUUGUUGGAUUUCAUUUUGCUUUUUUGAGCUAAAGAUAUGGUUGAUGCUAAUUGUCUCAUAAUAUAUUAGAAUGCUUUGUAACUGUAUUAGUGGAUUACUGAUUCUGUGCAUAAUAAAUGUCAGUUGUUAAUUGUGUCUGGA